AGUUACAACAAUCACCCCUGGAGUCAAGUACCUGUCCGUUUUACAUAGCAACAAAUGGGGCUAUGUGUGUGGUGACUCGUUUUCGGUCGUCGAGGCUCGGGUAGCAUGCAAGAAACUUGGAUUACCAUGGACCGGUGCCUACAAUACCGCCAUGCAACGUGGAUCCGAGAUGUUUAUAUGGCUACAGAACAUAACAUGUACAGGGACUGAAGAGUCACUGGAGUUUUGUGCCCACUCUGGCUGGGGAGAGGAGUCAUGUGCAACAUUCACAGGACUUGUUUGUACUGAAGCUCGAAUGAUUCUAUCCUCGCCUGCAAACGACACAGAAGAGAUAUUAGAAGUUGCUUACAACAGUACAUGGGGUGGUGUGUGUGCCGAUACGUUUGACGACAUGGCUGCCAAAGUGGCUUGUAGAAUGACUGGACAGCCUAUUGAGCAGGCACGUGUGGGGACACCUCAGAGAGAUGUAGACAUUGUGUUGAGAGUGCAGUCAUGCCUUGGCAAUGAAACCAGUCUUGGUCAGUGUGAACAUGAUGGAUGGGGUCAGAAUGGACAUUGCACCACUGGAGCCAGUGUCCGCUGUUCAUUUGCUGCUGAAACACACCUUGAGCCAUCAAAGAAAAUCUUGGAUGUCCACCUGGGCGAUCAGCUAGAUAUCAAGUGUGUCGUAGACAACGCCCAUCCUCGGGUUGAAAACUUCACCUGGUAUUUUAAAGGGAUGGAAGUUGGAAAUGGGGACACAUUUGCACUAAGUGCCCAACGAGGAGAUCAAGGAGAACUCAAGUGUGUCGCAGACAACGGAUUCCGUCCGAUAGCAGGAGCAUCAUCCACCUUAGUCAACAUUCUUUACCCUCCAGAUGUCUCCUGUGAAGGAGAACACACAGUGACAGAGGGGGGCAGGGUGUUCAUCAACUGUUCAGCGGACAGUAACCCUCAGCCCUUGAACCUGACCUGGACGAAGGCCACAGAGAGUUUUCAGGCAGAUGUUGAUGGUGGCAUGGUCCUUCUGUCUCUCGACAACGUUGACCUUGACGCUACCGGCACCUACGUGCUCACAGUCAUCAACGCGAUGAUGGACUAUCGAGGAGUGGCUAGAUAUGGUUCCAGCUCGACUUCCGUCUACAUCACUGUCAAAGCUUUCCCCAGUCGUGUGUUCAUGAAUGCUACAAUCGUCGUAUCAUUUGUCGCUGUCGUUCUAGCCUCAGCUCUUGUUGUUACGAUUGUGUGUCUAGCCAGACGAGGUGUUCAUAAGCCAACCUCCAUAUAUGAAACAACUACUGAAAGGUCGGUUCAUUUCCAAAGCAGUCCUAAUGUACACAUCGAAGAACAGGGGACUUCUGGCGCCGGAAAUUUUCAAGCAGAUGGGGAAGAGUACUACAGUCAGCUGGGUUAUCAGACAUUGGAUCUUGGUGGUAAAUAG